CCUCUCUUGGCAAGACGGUGGCAAUGGGGCUGCUAGGGUUUCGAGUGGGAAGGGGCCGGAACCUCCUCGGCGAGCUCCAUCGAUCACUAUCUAUUCUUAAUCUCCGUCCUCGAUUUGUGAUUCCCUCUUCUCUACCUUCUUCUCCCUCCUUCUCCACUGGCUCUUUUCCUGAAAUUUCAAGGGAUAUAAUGAAGAUUGUAGAACAAAGAAUGGUAGAGAUUGAACGGAGAAAUGCCUACCUUCUUGAACAGAUUAACCAGCCAGCGGUCACGACAGCAGAAUAUUCAAGAUCCAAUAAGGAGCUGAGAAGAUUAGAAAGCUGUGUGGAACUAAUAAAAGAUUUGAGAUCCAAAAGAAAGGAGAUUGAUAGCCUGAAGUCUUUAAUAUCUGAUUCUCCUGAAGAUAAGGAGAUGCGUGAUAUGGCUAUUGAAGAAUUUGAUGUUGCUGUUGAAGAGCAGAAGAGAUUGCAACAUCUUCUGCUUAAAGCUUUGCUCCCAAAGGAUGAUGCUGAUGAAAAGGACUGCAUUUUAGAAGUUAGAGCUGGGACUGGAGGUGAAGAAGCAUCUUUAUUUGCCAUGGAUAUUUUCAAAAUGUAUGAGAAAUAUUCUCAAAAGAAAGGAUGGAGAUUCGAAGUUGUAGAUAUAAUGGAAUCUGAUUUGAAAGGAUAUCGGGAAGCAAGCGGAUCUAUUUCAGGAUCUGGUGCAUAUGGCAAGCUUAAGUUUGAGAGUGGGAUUCAUCGAGUUCAGCGCAUUCCAGUAACUGAAAAGUCUGGGCGUAUUCAUACUAGUGCUGUGUCUGUUGCAAUACUUCCUCAAGCUGAUGAGGUUGAUGUCCAUUUGCGCAAUGAAGAUUUGAAAAUUGAUACCUACAGAGCUGGUGGAUGUGGAGGCCAGUCUGUGAACACAACAAAUAGUGCUGUGAGAAUAACACAUAUUCCAACAGGAAUGACAGUGGCAAUACAAGAUGAAAGAUCACAGCAUAUGAACAAGGCCAAAGCACUAAAAGUCCUAAGAGCAAGGUUAUAUGAAGCCGAAAGGUCAAGACUUCAAAUGAGCCGAUCAAAACUUCGUAUGGAACAGAUUGGUAGUGGUGAUAGGUCGGAGCGUAUAAGGACGUACAACUUUCCGCAGGGACGAGUAACUGAUCACAGAGUAGGAAUUACUAACCAUUCUAUUGAGGAUGUUAUGGAGGGAGAAAGCUUGGAUGUUUUCAUUGAUGCUCUUCUUUUGCAAGAGGAGAUGGAGGCUAUAGCCUCUUUUAGUACUUAA